UAGCACCCUCCAUAUUAGUAACACCAAAAGAUAUUUCCAUUGAAAUAAUAAAGCAAUUAAUUCAAAGUCCUGAUCAACUUCCUCAUAAAUCCGACUUGGCAAAUUUCCUUAACGAAAAUCCUCCAGUAAAAAUACCGCUUGCUCCUAAUCUUUUUUACCAAAUUAGUACUACGGGUCCGGAUGGUAUGACUGAAAAAGAACGAGAUACAUAUUUUAUAUUAAGUACAGAAGCGGAGU